AUACGAACCCACAAACUUCAGAGCCUGUGAACCAAAAACAGUUUCACAACAAUGGCGGAUUCAGAGAACCCAAAUGUCAUGCCAAAGCUCAUAACAUUUCUCUCUUCUCUUCUCCAAAAAGUGUCUGAAUUGAACGAUCUCAACCGUGGAUUCCAGCCCCAGACAAUCUCAGUCUUCCAUGGCCUGACUCCGCCUACCAUCUCAAUUCAAAGCUACCUAGAGCGAAUCUUCAAGUAUGCAAAUUGUAGCCCUUCUUGUUUCAUUGUUGCUUACGUUUAUCUUGAUCGCUUUGCUCAAAGGCAACCCUCUUUGCCUAUCAAUUCCUUCAACGUUCAUCGCCUACUAAUCACAAGUGUCAUGGUGGCUGCAAAAUUCAUGGAUGAUAUGUACUACAACAAUGCUUACUACGCAAAAGUUGGAGGAAUCAGCACAACAGAAAUGAACUUUCUUGAAGUCGAUUUCCUGUUUGGUUUGGGGUUUCGAUUGAAUGUGACACCCACAACCUUCCAUACCUAUUGCUCAUACCUUCAAAGAGAGAUGUUAAUGCAGCAGCCUCCUCUUAAUCCAGAAGCUGAGUCUUCUCUAAAUCUAGGAAGAUCACUAAAAGUUCACUUGUGUUUGAUCAAUCAUGAUCAGAAUGAAGUACCUUCCCAUCAUCAAAAUCAACAACUAGCUAUUUAAUCUCAUGUAUAAUGCACAUCUCUUGAUGAUCAUGUAGUUGGAAAGAACCUCUCUUUGUUUUUCUUUAGAUCUCUGUCUGGGCUUUUGGAUUUUGGAAGUUAGUUGGGUAUGUACAGAUGGGACUUUCGUCUUUACA